AUGCAAACCAAGAACGUGGCACAAAUUUCAUACUGCUCACAGAUUUCAAAUGGACAAGCUGAGUCUACACUGCUACAGACCCUGCUCUCCUGUGUGGCUGAUGAUGAAUCUUCUGAGCCUGUGAACACCAACGUGGUCCUGCGGCAUGAUAGGCUGAUCACCUGGGAUACACCAGCCAUCACCAAAAGCUCCUGUGUGGUGGAUGUCACCUACUUCCUCUUUGAUAAUCAGCAGUGCAACCUGGCCUUUGGUUUCUGGACCUACAAUGGCAAUCAGGUGGAUAUAUUCAACCCCCUGGACAGCAGAGACCUCUCCGACUUCAUCGAAGAUGUAGAGCGGGAGGUGCAUGGCAUGCCUGCUGUGAAGAAUGUGAUCUCCUAUGGCUGCUGCUCUGAGCCUUACCCGGAUGUGACGUUCACUCUCCUUCUAAAGAGGCGGUCCUCUUUCUAUAUCGUCAACCUCCUCAUCCCAUGUGUCCUCAUAUCUUUUCUGGCUCCCUUGAGUUUUUGUCUCCCAGCAGGCUCUGGAGAAAAGGUCUCCCUGGGAGUGACCAUAGUGUUGGCCAUGACUGUAUUUCAGCUCAUGGUGGCAGAGAUCAUGCCAGCCUCAGAGAAUGUCCCUCUGAUAGGUGAGUUCAAGUGUCUUACACUUUGA